AUGUUUCCUCCUAUUCAUCACUCAACCGAAGCCUUCCAAACAACCAUAGUUGGAAGCAUGCACAAGAAGUUAGCUGGCCUCGAAGAAGAAAUCGAUGACGAGCCAAGGCAUCAUAUUUCGUAG